AUGGCAGGAAAGGCCAAAAAGGAUAAGAAUUAUAUUUCUUAUGAGGUGGAGAUUCUGGAUUCCAAGAAGUUGAAGCUGUGCUACUUGGACAAGGUGGAACCCAAUGCCACUAUUGGAGAGAUCAAGUGUCUAUUAUAUAAGAGCUAUGGAGAGUCCCUGAAGGACGAUGAGGUAUUGGAGAAUCUACCGGUGGGAACCACGGCAACAAUGUUCUUCCACGACCUGGGACCGCAGCUGGGGUGGACCAUGGUGUUUCUGGCAGAGUGCAUCGGUCCCCUCUUCAUCUACCUCUUCUUCUUCUUCCAUCUCCUCAAUAUGUACGAGCAGAAAGAUGACUAUACCUCCAGUCCCUGCUCAGUGGUCACGCUGGCGUGCGUGUGCCACUGUCUCCACUACUUCAGGAGGUUGUUGGAAACCAUCUUCAUUCAUCGGUUCUCCGAUGGCACCUUGCCACUGCACACCAUCAUGAGGAACUGCCUGUACUACUGGGGGUUUGCUGCUUGGCUAGCCUACUACAUCAACCACCCCCUCUACACUCCACCAUCGUAUGGGAAUCUCCAAGUCUACUCUGCGUUGGUCGUGUUUCUGCUCUGUGAAGCUGGAAACUUCUCAAUUAAUUUGGCUCUCAAUAACUUGGUCUGCAGUGGUCUGAGGCCCAAGCGGAUCCCUUACCCCACCAGGAACCCCUUCACAUGGCUCUUCUUCUUCGUGUCGUGUCCUAACUACACCUAUGAGGUGGGGACGUGGUUGAGUUUCUCCAUCAUGACACAGUGUGUUCCAGUGGCUCUGUUCACGUUGUUGGGCUUCAUCCAGAUGACUAUCUGGGCACGGGGGAAACACAAGAUGUACACCAGCGAGUUUACAGACUACCCUGAACUAAGAUCAGCUAUCAUCCCUCUGUUCCUUUGAGCCUAAUCCUAAAUUAUACCCCUGUUCCCUAUUAGGGUUGCAAAAUUCUGGUAACUUUCCCCAAAAUUCCCAGGUUUUCCAGAAAUCCCGGUUGUAAACUCCAGGAUUCAGAAGGGAAUCAGCAGGAAAUCCGGAAAAUUCUCCGACCCAGGAUUUCUGGAACACCUGGGAAUUUGGGGGUGAAUUACCAAAAUUGUGCAACCCUAUUCCCUAUGCUUUCUGCCAGAGCCACAUAGGCCUCUUGCCAAAAGUAGUGUACUACAUAGGGAAUAGGGUGCUAUUUGAGAAAGAACCAUGGAUACUCUGCAGUAAG